CGUGAUGACGUGAUUCCUCCGGAAGUGACCUGUGUUUGUGUGCGGCUUGCUGCGCGUACCGCGACUUUUUGCACGCAGUAUAGUAGCGGUAUAGUUUGUGUACUUCUGAUCGUCGUUUAUUAACGGGAAGACAGAACUCUAGGAGCGUCGUGGCGUUUCUCCUCGAUCGGGUUUGAAUAGUCUUGGUCCAGCUCCUGUCGGCUUCUCAGAGCAUAGACAACAUGAACAUACUGCGUUCGAGGUUGGACCCAGCAUGGAUCAGAUCAACCUUGAAUCCGUGGGUGAUGAUGACAUCUAUGUCGUGUUCAAAGGUUAUGCUCUCCACUCUUCCUCCAGAGCCAGUCAUUGCCUCCAAGAAGCCUUAUAAAGUUGAGCUUGUUGGUGGGAAGCGGUACUCCUGGUGUACCUGUGGACACAGCAAGAAACAGCCUUUCUGUGAUGGUUCCCACAAGACUAAAGCCCCGGGCAUGUCUCCCCACCGCUUUGUGCCAGAAAAAGACUCGACAGUGUGGCUGUGUGGUUGCAAGUACACCAACAAUCCACCUUUCUGUGAUGGCACGCACAAAUCGGAGUUCAUCCAAUCUUCUCCACUGGCUGAGGAGAGUGAUGUGAAGAGCUGAGCCGACUACACACAUGUUCCCCGACCAUGACCUGGAAUUAAGUAGACAAAGGAACAUGUCUUCGAAGACACACUUCUGAAUCGUUGUAUCUAAAGCCACCAUGAAAUGCUGUUCGUAUCAAAUGGGUGGAAGGCACACUUGUUAAAAUAAUUGUUAUGCACUUUAACUUGAUUCCGUCGUUAUAAAUGUAUGUUCUGCAAUAAGUAUACAUUUCAGGAAUCAGAAGAAAAAAAACGGUUUGUUUAGUAUUUAUUCAGGUCUAUUCACUUGCAUUAAAGCUGAGCCUCAUAUUUAUCAAUA